AUGUCUCUGGUCAAAGUCAUCGAAUCAGCACCCGUCCGGGGUCUACAGGCCCUCAGCGCAGCCGUUCAGUCACCUUAUUUCUCAGGGCCACUCCUUGCUGCGCUUCUCUAUACACCCGAUCACCUUAAGCAGGAAGUCCUCCAGCACCUCCCCCCCAACUUCAACAUUGACACCGCCAAGAAAGUCCUGCAGGUUCUUCUCGGCCUGGGCGUCCUGAAAACCAUCAACCAGGGCCUCAGUUCCAUGGCCGCCAACAGCUGGCGUGUCACUGCUGCCAAGGGCUGGGACUGGCCCAAGGAAAUCGCCGUCGUCACCGGCGGAUGCAGCGGCAUUGGAUACUGCAUCGUCAAGCGCCUGGUUGCUCGUAAGGUCAAGGUUGCCAUCUUUGACAUCCAAGCCCUUCCCAAGGACUUUGCUACAAACCCUCUUAUCCACUACUACAAGUGUGAUAUCACUUCCCCCGACUCCGUGGCAAAGGUUGCCGACGCAGUCCGAAAGGAGCUCGGCCACCCGACCAUUCUAAUUAACAAUGCCGGCAUUACCAAGCCGCUGCCUAUUCUUGAAAUGCCCCAGGACUUUUUGCAGAAGAUCUUUGACGUGAACUGCUUGUCGCACUGGACUCUGGUUCAGCAAUUCCUGCCCAACAUGAUCAAGGUCAACAAGGGUCACAUCAUGACUGUCGCCAGUAUGGCUUCUUUUGUUGCCCUGCCCAAGGGUGCCGACUACUCCGCCACCAAGGCUGCUGCCUUGUCUUUCCACGAGUCACUGGCCAUUGAGUUGAAGCACAUCUACAAGGCAGACAGCGUCUUGACCUCCGUCGCCCACCCCAACUUUGUGCGAACACCUCUCGUGCAAGACUUUGGCCACCAGCUCGAGGAGGGAGGCAUCCGCAUGUUGACAGCCGAUGGCGUCGCCGGCAUCAUCACUGACCAGAUCUUCCGAAAGCGAGGUGCUCAGCUCAUCAUUCCCGAGAAGCAGGCUACUAUCACAGGCAUUCGUGGCUGGCCCACAUGGCUACAGGUUUUCCUGCGUGACCAGCUGGGUGCCAAUGCCAGCAAGGUUGCUGUUUAG